CCGACCGGCACCGCCGCACGCCGCUCCUGUACGCCGCCAAGGAGGGCAAGAGCGGCGUGGUGCGCCAGCUGCUGGCCGCCGGCGCCGAACCCGGCCGCCAGGACACCAUGGGCUGGACGGCGAUGAUGCACGCCGCCAGCCGGGGCUACGGCCACAUCGUGCGCCACCUGGUGGAGGCCGGCGCCGACGGCGCCAUCUAUAACCUCAGCGGCCAGACGGCGGCCGACCUGGCACAGGCCAACGGCUAUCACGCGAUCGCCGACCUGCUGAGCCGCGCUCUCGGUGGGCCCGUCAGCUCGGAUGACCUCGCCACGCUCAUGGAAAAGGAGAACUCGCAGAGCCAGCAGACGCAAAGCAGCGUGUUCGGCGAGCUAGAGAUGGUGCUGUGCGGCCUGGAGCUGCAGCACCUGAUCCCGUUGUUCCACGCGCACGGCGUCAGCUUCGUGUCCUUCCUGCGCUUCACCGACGAGGACCUGGACCGCAUGAAGCUGGAGAAGGUGGGCGAGCGGCGCAAGAUACUGGACGGCAUCCGCGAGAUCCACCUCCGUGAGUGGGAGCGUUCCAGUCUGCCCACGCUCCACUACAAGAAGUACCUGACGUGUCCGGACGCGGCCAGUCUGAUGGCGAACGUCUCGCGCCACAUCCGGCUGAUCCAUGCGUCAGUCGGGUACCUCCGGGAUCAGAUCCAGGCUCGGCCCCGUAUCCUGGAGCUGGGACAGGACACCGCCGGCGUCGCGUCGCUGCUCGAGACGACAACGGAGACGAGUCGCCACCUGCGCGGUCUGUAUCAGGAGCUGAAGUUCCUCAGUCUGCACCUGAAGAAGGCGCUGUCCACUGGGCGUCUGCGCGGCCAAAGUCGACGAAAGUGGCGGGAGAGCCGCGACGACUCCAUGUUCCGCGACGAGCAUUCCUUCCUGCGGAUGACGAUGGAACCGGGAUAA